GCGACAACGGCAGAAGCCAAACUCAUUUGACGACGACGAGACGACCAAAGCUGCUCAUACCAGCCACGCCUCGUCGCUGAGACGAUUCUCGCCUCGACCUUUCGCUAUUCAACAUUUUUAACUUCUUUCUUCGCUUUAUUCCGUUCGUAAUUCGCCAAUUUCCGUGGCCUCACUCGCUUGCCAUCAAUCCCAAAGUCUAUUCAAAGAAUAACCUCACGCACUCUAAAAGCCAACAGCUACCGCUUUCGCCGAUUGCUAAUUCAUUAACCGCCCUCGAAUUCGUAUAAUUUCGAUCGUUUAAAGAACUGGCUAGUUCGCACAAGCAUCAACAACCACCUUCCGACCGAACGUUCCGACUCGAUCGCUGGCCAUCAUAAUCGCAACUCCUGGAAAUACUGGUCACGAUGUGGUCUUGUAUCAUGAAGCCAUUGGCGGUCAUCGCCUCGGUGGCUGCCCUGGCCUCGCCUGUCUCGGGUGAGAAGAUUCUCUACUCCAACUCCCUCAACAGUUGCCAAAAGGACAACGGAUUCAAAGCCACACUCUUCAACGUCGCUUUGACACCAAACAACGGUUCCGCCUACGUCAAGGCUGUAGCAACAUCGUCUAUUCAAGGCAAGGUCAAAUUCGACAUCCGACUCUCGGCUUAUGGAUACCAGUUCCUCCAACAGACGGUUGACCCCUGCUCAAUUAACCUCGCUGGUCUAUGUCCUAUGGUUUCUGGAAAGAUUCCCUUCAAAUUUAACCUGCCUGUGGGCAAAGAGAACCUUGCUCAGGUACCUGGAAUUGCCUACAACAUUCCCGAUCUCGAUGCUACUGUUCGUGUUUACGUCAACAUGUCGGAUACCGGCGAGAGUGUAGCGUGUGUCGAGGCCUCUUUCUCCAACGGAAAGACGGUCGAUCUCAAGGGUGUCAAGUGGGCUACUGCAAUCAUCGCUGGUCUUGGUCUGAUCUCUUCUGCCAUCGUUUCCGGCGUUGGUCAUGCCAACACAGCUGCUCACGUUGCCUCUAACUCGCUCUCCCUGUUUGGUUACUUUCAGGCUCAAGCUAUUCUCGGACUUACCAGCGUCGGACUUCCCCCAAUUGUCGCGUCGUGGACACAGGACUUCCAGUGGUCUAUGGGUAUUAUUCGCGUUGGCUUCAUGCAGGACAUUUUUACCUGGUACCAGCGAGCAACUGGUGGUACACCCGAGUCAAUUCUUUACAACGUCCGCCAGGUCUCAGUGCAAGUACAGAAGCGAAGCUUGGAUCUUGCCUCCACCAGCAUCGAUCUUUUCAAGCGCAGUGCUGCAAUGAUGCCUCGAGGUAUUACUGAGCCUAUCGGAAAUGCCGCAGGCGCUCUUUCCAAGCGUGCCAACAUCCAGACUGCAGACGGAACUUAUAUUGUGUACGGUAUUCAGCGAGUUGCCUUCAAGUCCAGGAUCGAAUCCACCAACUUGUUCAUGACAGGCCUGACUUUCUUCUGUAUUUUCGUGGUUAUCACCUGCCUGGCAAUUGCCGCAUUCAAGGGCAUCACCGAGCUCUGUGCUCGUCAGAGAUGGAUGGCCCAGGACAAGUUCCUCGAGUUCCGCAACGGUUGGCUCACCGUUCUUAAGGGUAUUCUCUUCCGUUUGACCCUGAUCGGUUUCCCUCAGAUGGCCAUUCUUUGCUUGUGGGAGUUUACUCAGCAGGAUUCACCCGCCGAGGUCGUGCUCGCCGUUUUCUUCCUUCUGGGAAUGGCGUUCACUCUCGGCUGGGGCGCCAGCAAGGUCAUCCGCAUCGCUCGCCGCUCUGUUGCCAUGCACCGAAACCCUGCUUACAUUCUGUUCUCUGAUCCUCAAGCUCUCAACAAGUGGGGUUUCCUCUAUGUUCAGUUCCGAGCCUCUGCCUACUACUUCAUCGUCCCUGUCCUCAUCUACACUUUGGUCAAGGCCAUGUUUGUGGGUUUGGCUCAGAAGAGCGACAUCACCCAGGCUGUCGGCUUCAUCAUUAUCGAAGUCGGUUUCUUGAUCGCUUCUUCUGUUCUCCGACCUUGGAUGGACAAGCCCACCAACUCAUUCAACAUCGCCAUUGCUGCCAUCAACUUCAUCAACGCUAUUUUCCUUCUUAUCUUCUCUAAUGUCUUUGGCCUACCUAAGAUCGUUGUUGGUGUUGUUGGUGUGGUUCUGUUCGUUUUGAACGCUUCAUUUGCUCUUAUCCUGCUUCUUAUGCUUAUCGUCUCGACUGCCUUGGUGUUCUUCCGCAAGAACCCCGAUGCUCGAUACCAAUUCAUGGCCGACGACCGUGCUUCGUUCAUGAAGUCGCAAACACAGGUCAACGCCACCACUGAGCUCGAUGCUCUAGCGGCUACUGCUCGAGGCGAUAAGUCUGGCUACAACAAGCACCUUGACUUGGACGAAGAGGACUCAGUUUCAUCCGAGAGCUUGGCGAGACGAGCUGAGCCUAACAACCAGUCUCAAGCAUCGUUCCAAAGGGGCGACGCACCUCCUCGCUCUCCUGUGAACCCAGCCAUGCCACUCUUCCCGGCUGAUGGGCGACCAUCAAGCCCCUUCCGUACUGCGUCACCAAACCCUUACCAGCAGUCAAACUCAAACCUGUCUCAACAAAGGUCGGCAGACAACAAUAGCCCUGGCGGUUACAGGUCACAAAACAAUGCCAGUCCUUGGCAGCGCGGUGCUGGUUACGAGCACUAAUUGAUUUAACUAAAGAGGAACCUAUUUACCUUUUUUAUUUCAUGAGAGCUUCAACUAGACUAUUCUCAAGGGGGUAGACUUUGCGUUUCACGCGGCUUGGUCUAUGCGAGGCUGGCCCAGCAGACAAAGCCUUCAGGAUUUCUGCUGUGGAUGACGCGAGGGAGCUCCGGGCUCGCAGCCAGUAAUUUACAUUACCCACGCUAAGAUCGUGUUUUCUUCCUUUGUUUGUUUUCCCUUUUUUCUUGGAUGGUUCUUUUGUCGGGAGCAUGACGAUGGCGUCUGCAACGAGACUUGGCGUUGGCGAUUGUCGAAACCCUAGUACUCUUACGAGUGUUUGCUUUGUAUAUAUAAACAGUAUCGGGAAGGGAUGAGGAAUGUGCUUUUUUUUUACUGAGCUGAGGUAACUUAGCGAUCAGUUUAUAUCCGAUAUCCGGGAAUCAUGCUGCGACUUAUCCAGUCGUGGUAAUGGGACAUUUGUCUCUCACCGUUGUUACACAAAUAAAAAACAAGAUUACAAUAACUU